GUCUCUGGCUUCCCCUUAAAAGCAGGUAAGAACUCUGUGGAUCGGACAGAGUUCGGUAGAUUGUUCCACCACCGAGGAGCAACGGAGGUUUUAGAGAUUUUGUUCUGCUUUUGGUCCUUUAAAGGCCCCUCAUUAUGAAACAUGUCACGUUUCUGUGGAGUCCUCCCCGUCCUCAAGCCCUUUGUAUGUGUGUGUUAUCUACUAGCAGAAGGGAAUUUUCUGUGUGAAGCCAUGAUUUGCCGCCUGUUCGAAGGCAAAGAGCACGCUGCUUCCUACUGGAAGUACAGAGUCGCUCCAUCAGAUCAUCUCAUACAACAAGUGCUGGACUUCCUGGAAAAGCAUCAAGGUGGGCCGUUUGAGCUCGCGGUGGAUGUGGGUUGUGGCUCCGGGCAGGGUACGCAGCUCCUGGCCAAACACUUUGCUUCUGUGGUGGGAACAGAUGCGAGUCCUGCUCAGAUACAAGUGGCUUUGCAGCAUGUUAAAGAGCCAAACAUAACAUAUAGGCAGUGUGUGGCCGAAGAGCUGCCGUUUGCUGACAGCUCAGUGGACCUGGUGACGGCCAUGUCUGCCUUCCACUGGUUUGACAGGCUGCACUUUCUCCAGGAGGCUCACAGGGUCCUGAAGCCUUGCGGCUGCUUGGCUUUGCUCAACUACACAGUGGACAUGGAGCUCAGCUACGGUGACUGCUGCUCACACCAGCUAAACCAAGUCUGCAAAGAGGUGCUUGCUGAAUAUUUACCCGAGAGACGCAGUAAUGAGCUCAGUUAAUCACAGACUAUAACAGACUGUGUCAGGCUAUCCUGUUAAGUGGUUAUAGUUAGCUUUAUGCAAACCCUCAUGUGAUCAGCUAAAUUGUGCUGGGAAUGAGUCAUUUAAAUAUCUAUACACCUUCAGUCACACUGACAGGCAUCCUGCACAAGAUGUAGAUUUUGGUCUCAAUGCAGGGAGUGCAUCAUUAAAAAGCAAAAAUGAAUUUUUACUUACUU